UCCCCUCCCCUUGCUCAUUUCGCACGACGCAGCGGUUGGGAACACAGACAUUUUCGGAGCUGGAGCCGCCACUGCCGCCGCCAUUUUGUGUCUGUGGAGAAAGAAGCUUCUGUGGCGGCUGGAAGUGGACGGAGAUCACCCUUGAGACGGCGGCGUUUCAUACCCGAGGUUCCCCCUGUGUCGUCCCCUAACCCCCCUCCGCGGUCAGCAUGUGGUGAAGCCGGAGCCGCGAGAGACCCGGGGAGAGGAAGAGGAGUCGGAAGGGAGGCGGGGUAUCGAGAGCGGCUUCAGCUUCAGCUGCGGCGGACCUCGGAGGGGGGCCGCGGCGCAAUGUCAGAGCAGACGCCGGCCGAGGCCGGUACUGCGGGGGCCCGGGAGGACGCCUGUCGGGAUUAUCAAUCAUCACUCGAAGACCUGACCUUCAAUAGCAAACCGCACAUCAAUAUGCUGACCAUUCUAGCCGAGGAGAACCUGCCCUUCGCCAAGGAGAUCGUCUCUCUCAUCGAGGCCCAAACCGCCAAGGCUCCUUCCUCAGAGAAGCUUCCUGUUAUGUACCUUAUGGAUUCUAUCGUGAAAAACGUUGGAAGAGAGUAUCUCACUGCCUUUACUAAAAAUCUAGUUGCAACAUUUAUUUGUGUGUUUGAAAAGGUGGAUGAAAAUACUAGAAAAAGUUUAUUUAAAUUACGUUCCACAUGGGAUGAAAUAUUCCCUUUGAAGAAACUUUAUGCCCUGGAUGUCAGAGUCAAUUCAUUAGAUCCUGCUUGGCCUAUUAAACCUCUGCCCCCCAAUGUGAAUACAUCUAGCAUCCAUGUGAAUCCUAAAUUUUUAAAUAAAUCGCCCGAAGAGCCUUCAACACCUGGCACAGUGGUCAGUUCCCCUAGCAUCUCCACUCCUCCAAUUGUUCCUGAUAUACAGAAGAAUCUUACUCAAGAACAACUAAUAAGGCAGCAGUUACUGGCAAAACAAAAACAGUUGUUAGAACUUCAGCAGAAAAAGCUGGAGCUUGAGCUAGAGCAAGCUAAAGCACAACUGGCAGUUUCUCUUAGCGUUCAGCAGGAGACAUCCAACUUAGGUCCUGGAUCUGCACCAUCCAAAUUACAUGUUCCACAAAUUCCCCCUUUGGCUGUUAAACCUCCCCAUCAAGUUCCUGUGCAACCAGAGAAAAGCCGUCCAGGUCCAUCCUUACAAAUUCAGGAUUUGAAAGGAACUAAUCGGGAUCCCCGUCUUAAUAGGAUGAGUCAACAUUCUUCGCAUGGAAAAGAUCAGAGUCACAGGAAAGAAUUCCUAAUGAACACAUUGAACCAAUCUGAUAUUAAGACAAGUAAAACUGUACCCUCUGAAAAACUAAAUUCAUCCAAGCAAGAGAAAAGCAAAUCAGGUGAAAAAAUAACCAAGAAAGAACUUGACCAAUUAGAUUCUAAAUCUAAAUCUAAAUCUAAAUCACCAUCACCUUUGAAAAACAAAUUAUCCCACACAAAAGACUUGAAAAAUCAAGAAUCCGAAAGUGCAAGGGUGUCGGAUAUGAGCAAGAGAGAUCCUAGGUUAAAAAAACAUCUUCAGGAUAAGACUGAUAGCAAAGAUGAUGAUGUAAAAGACAAGAGAAAAACUGCAGAAAAAAAGGACAAAGAUGAGCACAUGAAAUCAUCUGAACACCGACUCGUUGGAAGUCGAAAUAAAAUCAUCAAUGGCAUCGUACAAAAGCAGGAUACAAUAACGGAAGAAUCAGAAAAACAAGGGACAAAACCAGGGAGAUCAAGUACUAGAAAGCGGUCAAGAUCGCGAUCACCCAAGUCUCGAUCACCAAUUAUACAUUCUCCAAAGAGAAGAGAUAGGCGGUCACCCAAACGAAGGCAGAGGAGUAUGUCUCCAAGUUCCACACCCAAAGCUGGAAAGAUUCGCCAAUCAGGAGUUAAGCAAUCACAUAUGGAAGAGUUUACGCUACCUUCCAGGGAAGAGCGAAAUGCUAAAAGGAGUAAUAAACAAGAUAUUCGAGAUCCGAGGCGAAUAAAAAAGACUGAAGAGGAACGACCACAAGAAGCUGCGAAUCAGCAUUCUACAAAAUCCGGCACUGAACCAAAGGAGAAUAUAGAAAAUUGGCAAAGUUCCAAGUCUACCAAAAGAUGGAAAUCUGGUUGGGAAGAAAAUAAAAGCUUACAACAGGGUGAUGAACAUAGUAAAUCUCCUCAUCUAAGGCAUAGGGAGAGCUGGUCAAGCACUAAAGGAAUCUUGUCACCUCGAACCCCAAAGCAGCAGCAUCGAUUAAGUGUAGAUGCCAAUCUUCAGAUUCCUAAAGAGUUAACUCUUGCAAGCAAAAGAGAAUUACUUCAAAAGACGAGUGAACGUUUAGCAUCUGGUGAAAUUACACAGGAUGAGUUCCUUGUUGUUGUGCAUCAAAUUCGACAGCUAUUUCAGUAUCAAGAAGGUAAACAUAGAUGCAAUGUACGGGAUAGUCCUACAGAAGAAAAUAAAGGUGGAUUAAAAAAGAAACCUCUCUUAUCUGAUGCUGAAUUAACCUACUAUGAACAUAAAGCAAAACUGAAAAGGACACAGGUUCAGCAUUCAUUUCCAAGACUUGAUCUCUUAGAUCCUGAUAUUUUUGACUACCCUUUGACCGAUGCCUUGUUGUCUGGAAUAGAAUGUGAGCCAUCCAAAAGUAAACAUGCAAGUAGGAAUAGUGGAGCACAGUUUGACAGAAAAGAACAAUUUAGUGAAAGAGCAAGACGUCUUUCUCCUAUAUCUGGGAGUCGUACUUAUGCUGAGAAUCUUUCACCCCAUGAGGGCCGGAGAAGACAUGACGAGCAAGUCUCUGCUAAAGGUGUACGAGAAGAGCAGAGGUCACCAUUCAAUGAUCGUUUUCCACUUAAGCGACCUAGAUACGAAGAUUCAGAUAAACCAUUUGUAGAUAGCCCAGCAUCAAGAUUUGCCGGCCUCGAUACAAAUCAGCGACUUACAGCUUUAGCUGAAGACAGACCAUUAUUUGAUGGACCUAGUAGGCCAUCAGUAACAAGAGAUGGCCCAACCAAGAUGAUUUUUGAAGGACCUAAUAAAUUAAGCCCUAGAAUUGAUGGACCUCCUACACCAGGUUCUCUUCGGUUUGAUGGGUCACCAGGACAAAUGGGGGGAGGUGGCCCUUUGAGAUUUGAAGGACCACAAGGUCAGCUAGGAGGUGGGUGUCCUUUGAGAUUUGAAGGUCCUCCAGGACCAGUAGGGACGCCUCUGCGGUUUGAGGGGCCGAUUGGUCAGGCAGGAGGAGGAGGUUUUCGGUUUGAAGGUUCACCUGGUCUGAGGUUUGAGGGAUCUGCAGGUGGUUUGCGAUUUGAGGGACCAGGGGGCCAGCCUGUGGGUGGUCUCAGGUUUGAGGGACAUCGGGGUCAACCUGUGGGUGGUCUACGGUUUGAGGGACCUCAUGGUCAGCCUGUGGGUGGACUUAGAUUUGAUAAUCCCCGAGGUCAGCCUGUAGGUGGACUUAGAUUUGAAGGGGGUCAUGGUCCAUCAGGGGCUGCAAUUAGGUUUGAUGGACCUCAUGGUCAGCCAGCAGGUGGGAUCAGAUUUGAGGGCCCUUUGCUACAGCAGGGAGUUGGAAUGAGGUUUGAGGGUCCCCAUGGUCAGUCAGUAGCUGGUUUGAGGUUUGAAGGACAACAUAAUCAACUUGGUGGGAACCUUAGGUUUGAGGGUCCACAUGGUCAGCCAGGGGUUGGGAUCAGGUUUGAAGGACCGUUAGUCCAACAAGGAGGUGGAAUGAGGUUUGAGGGUCCUUCUGUACCAGGAGGUGGCCUGAGAAUUGAAGGGCCUCUAGGUCAAGGUGGUCCAAGAUUUGAAGGUUGUCAUGCUUUAAGGUUUGAUGGGCAGCCAGGUCAGCCAUCACUCUUGCCAAGAUUUGAUGGAUUACAUGGGCAGCCAGGUCCUAGAUUUGAAAGAACUGGUCAGCCAGGCCCACAGAGAUUUGAUGGACCACCUGGACAGCAGGUUCAACCAAGAUUUGAUGGUGUACCUCAAAGAUUUGAUGGCCCACAACACCAGCAAGCAUCAAGGUUUGAUAUUCCUCUUGGUCUUCAAAGCACACGAUUUGACAAUCAUCCUUCACAAAGGCUUGAAUCAGUAUCUUUCAAUCAGUCUGGUCCAUAUAAUGAUCCACCUGGCAAUGCUUUUAAUGCCCCAUCCCAAGGACUACAGUUCCAAAGACAUGAACAAAUGUUUGAUUCACCUCAAGGACCAAAUUUUAAUGGACCACAUGGCCCUGGAAACCAGAGUUUCUCGAAUCCCCUUAACAGAGCUUCUGGACACUAUUUUGAUGAAAAGAAUCUCCAGAGUUCCCAAUUUGGAAACUUUGGCAAUUUACCUGCUCCAAUAACAGUAGGAAAUAUUCAGGCGUCUCAACAGGUUCUUACUGGUGUUGCUCAGCCAGUAGCAUUUGGCCAAGGACAACAAUUUUUACCAGUUCAUCCACAAAAUCCUGGAGCAUUUGUUCAGAAUCCUUCAGGAGCCCUUCCAAAGGCAUAUCCUGAUAAUCAUCUCAGUCAGGUGGAUGUAAAUGAAUUAUUUUCAAAACUGCUAAAAACAGGAAUUCUCAAAUUGUCCCAGCCUGAUUCAGCUACAACACAAGUAAAUGAAGUUGCUGCUCAGCCUGCCCCUGAAGAGGAGGAAGAUCAAAAUGAAGAUCAAGAUGUUCCAGAUCUUACCAAUUUUACAAUUGAAGAACUGAAACAACGUUAUGAUAGCGUUAUAAAUCGACUGUACACUGGUAUUCAGUGUUACUCUUGUGGAAUGAGGUUUACAACAUCACAGACAGAUGUAUAUGCAGACCACUUGGACUGGCAUUAUCGGCAAAACAGAACUGAAAAAGAUGUUAGCAGAAAAGUCACUCAUAGACGUUGGUACUACAGUUUAACAGACUGGAUAGAAUUUGAGGAAAUAGCUGAUUUGGAAGAACGUGCAAAGAGCCAGUUUUUUGAAAAGGUGCAUGAAGAAGUUGUGCUCAAAACUCAGGAGGCUGCAAAAGAAAAGGAGUUCCAAAGUGUACCUGCUGGACCAGCUGGAGCAGUUGAGAGUUGCGAAAUCUGUCAAGAACAAUUUGAACAAUACUGGGAUGAAGAAGAGGAGGAAUGGCAUUUAAAAAAUGCUAUUAGAGUAGAUGGAAAGAUUUAUCAUCCAUCAUGUUACGAGGAUUAUCAAAAUACAUCUUCAUUUGAUUGUACACCAUCUCCCAGCAAGACACCAGUUGAAAACCCUUUGAACAUUAUGUUGAACAUUGUCAAAAAUGAAUUGCAGGAACCCUGUGAAAGUCCCAAAGUUAAGGAAGAACGAAUUGAUACCCCACCAGCUUGUACAGAGGAAAGCAUAGCAACACCCACUGAAAUUAAAACAGAAAGUGAUACAGUCGAGUCAGUUUAAAUAAAAUGAGAAAGGUAUGUUUUUCUUUUUAAAAAAAAGCUGCUGUUGGAUCUAGAAGGUGAAGAAUUUUUUAUGUAUAUAUAGACAUAUAUCUAUAUAAAUUGUCUAGCUGAGGCAGGGCCUUCAGCUAUCAUUUGGUUAAUAAAUACAUUUUAGUAUUUGCAUUUCCUACUGCCUGCACAGUUUCAGGUGCUUGUUGUGUGAAAGUUCUGUAGAUGUGUGCAAAUUUAACAAAAUGAAAUUGUAUGUGUAAAAAUGUACGAUUUUCACUUGUGAAACUGUAAAUUAUAAAUAAAAAAUAUUUUUGCUAUCCAUGGAGUGUAAUAUUUAUGCACACCAUCAAAUAAAGACAGUGUUUCUGUACUUUUUAUUGGGUGAAAAUGGAAUUAAACAGCAACCUCAACAUAAAAGAUUUUUUUUUCUAGUAGCUUCACAUGAUUAAAGAAGCAAAUUCUGGUUAGUUUUAUCCUUCAAAUGAGGGUUGUGAGAGAGCACUGCAGGACUUUUCUCAAAUAGAAAAGCCAGACUUGAAAAAUUUUUUAAACCGAAAUAGGACUUUGCAUAUAUAUCUCUCCAGCUAUAGAGAACCAUCCAGAUGUCCAUUUUUGAAAAUAUCUAAUGAAGCAACUUUUAUUGAACUUGGACACUGAUACCAUCAAGCGAUUAACAAAUAUAUUUAAGUACUAAAGGUGAUUUUUUUUUUAAGUGACAUUUUUCAAAUUUGUCAAACAAUUUAAUGCAGAUGAACAUAUUUCUAUUUUAAGUUACAGGGGAAUCUGUAAGAAUGUUCAUUUGAAACAUGGUUAACCUUUUUCCUUUGUUGGUUUUGACUGAAUUAGAUGGAUACCAUGAGAUGUUAAUAUUCAUACAUGUAAUAAAUAGAAUGAUGAAGAAACUUCAA